UCCUCACCACAAAAUAUGGCUUAGAGACAUCUUUUGUUCCUCCAGCUGUGUUAGGUUAUUGCUCAGAUGAUUUCACCAGCACACUAAGUUGCUCCCCUCUACAACUUGAGCUUCCCAGACUUCCAAAGAAGUACAACAUACAGUUCUAAAUAUGGGGAUUCUGAGCCAGCUAUCGAUCAUUUACCUCCUCUGGACUGCUAUGGUCUUUUGUCAAUACGAAGACUAUGAUUUUGGGGAUGAAUAUGAUGAGGAGCCGGAUCAUCAGCAUUCCUAUUAUUUUAAUCCAAGUCCACAAGCUGAAGUUCCCCGCUUUCCUACACCAGUCGAGUGUGCCAGAGAAUGCUUUUGUCCACCAGCUUUUCCACUAUCAAUGUACUGUGAUCACCGUAAACUUAAGAUGAUACCAAAUAUCCCUGCUCACAUCCAACAACUCUACCUGCAAAACAAUGAUAUUGAAGCUGUACCUGCAGGACCGUUCACUAAUGUUACCAUUUUAAGAGAAAUUAAUCUCAGCCACAACAAAAUUAAGUUUCAUAUGAUUGACCAUGGUGUUUUUGCCAAACUGUCAAAUUUAGUGCAGCUUCAUUUACAGCAUAAUGAAUUAGAAGAAUUUCCAUUCCCACUCCCAAGCUCUCUUGAGCGACUCCUCCUUGGUUUCAAUAAGAUUUCUCAGUUAUCCGGAAAUGCAUUGGAAGGAUUACCAAACAUAACCAUGCUUGACCUUUGCAAUAACUUUCUUGAUGACUCCGUACUCAAAGGAAAACGCUUUUCAGUCAUGAAAAAUUUAAUGCAAAUCAACUUAUGCAACAAUAAAUUAGAGACUAUGCCUCCUGAUCUACCAUCAUCACUUAUGUAUCUCUCUCUUGAAAAUAACUCGAUUUCAUAUAUUCCAGAAAACUAUUUCAGCAGACUUCCAAAAAUCAUUGCUCUAAGAAUGUCCCACAACAACCUGCAGAACAUUCCAUACAACACCUUUAAUCUACCUAACCUUUUAGAACUUAAUCUUGGACAUAACAAAUUGAAACAAUUAUUCUACAUUCCAAGAAGUCUGCAGCAUUUGUAUAUUGAAGACAAUGACAUUGAAAUGCUAAAUGUUACUUUGAUGUGUCCAUCUAUUGAUCCAAUGAACACCAAACAAUUAACGUAUAUACGGGUGGACCAAAAUAAGCUAACAACUCCAAUGAGCACGUAUGCCUUCUUCUGCUUCCCUCACAUUAGAACCAUUUAUUAUGGUGAACAAAACGGUAACGUCAACAAGUCAACUCAACUACGAACACCAGUGUUUCGCCGAUUAUUAACACCAGAAGAAUACGAUGAAACAGAAGAUGAUCAUGAAACACAUGAUCAAGAAACUGAAGAAGAUCGUGAAGAAGAAAACAACUACUUUUAUCCUUACCUUCAGUGAAAACAUCACUGUUAAUGAGUAUAUAUGGGAACUUUUGCUUACUUGUGGGGUACUUGUGUCCAUUUCAGAACAGCUGGAUAGUUUGGAGUAUUUAAGAUACAUCUAUAUAAAAUAGAGAUACAGGAUUUCAGUGUACAUAAAUAUGCCAUUACUGGUGUAGUAAAAACCAUAAUACGGGUAGCAAAGUACACUCAUGUCAGCAUUUAGUAGCAGCCUGAUAUAUAACCUGAGUUAAUGAUGGACUCAUCUGCCGGUUGGCAGUCUAAGCAGAAGAAAAGUGACCUGAAAAAAGUUUGUAUGUUCUAAAGUGAUUCAGCUUGCAAAGUGAUUAUAUCAGUUCAACAUCAUGCUCAACAGGAACAUGUGGAUAAUGGCAAAAAUCCGUCCAGCUAGACAUUCUACUAUUAUUCUACUAUUUUGACAGCAGUAGAAAACAGACAUAGAGAAAAAUAUAUGGGGGUAAGAUUACAAAAACACUUUCAGAAGGUUCCUGCACAUCUUCCAGAAAUACAGAUGUUGUUUCUUUCAAUAUCUAGAUGGACAGGAAACUCACAAACUUGGAGUUUCAAAUCUUCUUAAUAUUUGUUUCCAGUGUUUUGCCAAGAUAUAAUGCUUAUUCCUGAGCUUGUACCUUGACUGUAACGAGUCUUUCAAAAAGGAGAUUUUAGUUGUUUAAUAAUAUAGGCAAUGAACAACCUCUCUUCAGUGAUCUUAGGAUGUGCAUUAAUAUAACUCUCAACCAUCAGUAUUUAAAUUUUACCUAUACUUUAGAAGGCAUUAAAAAUGUAACACUGUUUAAUUAGAAUUGCUCAUCAACUAGAACAGGCACAAACAGUGGCAUUCCAGACAUUUUUAAGACCAUCCCGCUGCAUAGAUAAUACCAGUAAGAUAUAUUCUGCUUCAAA